AUGGGCGGGUUUCAGCUGCAAAAAUUGCAAAUGAGUUGGCAACCGAGUUUGCUGAGUCAAAAACGCAAAAACGGUCCGCCUUUAGGGUUAAAGAAUCUCGGCAACUCUUGUUAUCUCAACAGCGUCCUUCAGUGCCUCACUUACACUCCUCCUCUCGCUAAUUUCUGCCUACGUCUCCAACACUCCUCUUUCUGUGAUUCCGUUGUUAACGGAGACAGAAAGAGAGACUGUCCGUUUUGUAUUCUUGAAAAACGGAUAGUCCGUUCACUCAGUUUGGAUCUCAAGCUUGAUGCGCCCGCGAAGAUUCAAAGCUGUUUGAAGAUUUUUGCUGAGCAUUUUCGCUGCGGAAGACAGGAAGAUGCACACGAGUUUUUGCGGUAUGUUAUUGAUGCGUGCCAUAAUACGUGUUUGCGUUUAAAGAAACUGAGAAGGAAAGGGAUUGAGAACGGUGGUGGCGGCGUGAGUGUGGUUAAGGAGAUAUUUGGAGGCGCAUUGCAAAGUCAAGUGAAGUGCUUGUGUUGUAAUUAUGAGUCGAAUAAAGUUGACGAGAUUAUGGAUAUUAGUUUAGAUGUUUUGAAUAGUAAUUCGGUAAGAGAUGCUAUGCAAAAGUUUUUUCAGCCUGAGGUUUUGGAUGGGAAUAACAAGUACAAAUGUGAAAAUUGUAAGAAACUAGUGGCAGCUAGGAAGCAAAUGUCAAUACUUCAAGCGCCCAAUGUUCUUGUUAUCCAAUUGAAGAGAUUCGAGGGCAUAUUCAGUGGGAAGAUUGAUAAGGCCAUUGCAUUUGAAGAUUUUUUGGUUCUUUCAAGCUUCAUGAGCAAAACAAGCCAGGAUCCACAACCUGAGUACAAUCUUUUUGGUACCAUUGUGCACUCUGGAUACUCUCCCGAAUCUGGACACUAUUAUGCAUAUAUCAAGGAUGCAAUAGGUCAGUGGUUUUGCUGCAAUGAUUCAUAUGUGACACUCUCAACCCUGCAGGAGGUCUUGUCAGAGAAGGUUUAUAUUCUUUUCUUUUCUCGCACUAACCAAAGGCCAGCAUCUGCUGGCUCCACUUUUGCCUCCAACGGAGUAAAAUCGUGCGAAUUAAAUGGCAUUGAGGUAACUAAAAGUUCAAAGGCUGCUGUUCCUUUGAAAGCAUUGCCUACAAAACCACAAGUUGAGCAAUCUUCAAGGAAGGAUAUUUCAGCCAUGUCCAAGAUUGAUAGAGUGCCUUCAAGCCCAUUGGUAAAGUUUAGUUUUGUUGGGAACUCUGGUUCCAAAAGUGUUCCUCCAUCUGUUAAUGGAAAGGUUGAUCCUCAUAAGGGUCAAAAGAAGGAAAUGAAUGGGAGUGUGAAAGAGAUGGUUCGUGUGGAGAAAUGCGACAGAGAUGUGUCAACAGUAACAAGCAGUAAUGGCUUUGAAAAGCAUAAAAAAGUUGGUGCUGUUGAAGGUGAGCCCUUGCAUGCAUUUGCAGCAGCAAGUGAAAAUGGUCAUUCUCAAAAUGGUGCUGUUAAUUCUGUAAAGCCACAUCUCUGUGACAGUAAUGGUACAAGAAGCAUGUUGACCACAGGAAGAGGACAUGAUCACCUGGAAUUGCAAAAUGGUGGUACGAAGUAUCACACUGACAUUUUAGGUUUGAAGAGAAAGCUAAAGGAGGAGGACUGCGUUUUGCUUGCACGGGAUGCUCAAUCUCUAGACAAAGUUGAAGAAUUCAAAGAAGUCCUCAAGCAACAAGCAUCUUCCAUGUUGGGAUUGUGCGGUUUGUCAGAUAAGGUAUAUGAUUUUAUGCGAGCGAGAAAGAGGUUGUGUGUUCGAGAAGCAGGAAACAAACCAACAGACCUAAAGAAGUUGUUGAUUGCAGAUGCAAAACGAACCUUUAUUUCACAAAUACCCGAGUCAUUGAAACAGGACCUAGUCAAACGCCUGCAGUCGUUUAGUCAAGAGAAAUGA